GCUCUGCCAAGUACACAGUGACGCAUUCACUGCACAGAGCCUCUAAUAACAGUCAUGUUCUCCACCGGACUACUGCUAUGGAUGCUCUGCAUCACAAGCUCAGCUGCUGGUUCAGCGAUGUACCUCGGCUAUCAGUUUAAUUUUGCCCUAUUGCCAUUUAUUGAUUCAAGUAAACAAGGGACAACGGCUGUUUUUCUAUAUAUCACACAUACAAGAGAAGGCAGGUGCAACGUGACAGACGUCGACGGGUCAGAGUACGAUAUCCAGCUGCCCGGGAACGACAGUGUGACACAGUUCCACCUUCCGACAAACAGAAUAUUGACCAUGGGUACUGCUGUGGAGGAGCAUCGUGCAGUGGAGCUUAUUUGCACAACGGAAGUCAGUCUCACUGUCAUGCACAGAUUCCUUCCUGGGGGUGUUGCCGAUGCAUUUCCGGUCCUCCCAUUGGCGUCUCUGUCUACCAAGUAUAUCAUACCAUCAGUGCCAAACAACGCUUUGCUCGGAGUGUUGUCUGUCCACAACAACACAAAUGUCACUGUCCAUCUCAACUCCACCUGUUCCUACUCCUUCAGGGGUUACGAUUACGGGCAGGGAAGCAAGUUUAAUAUUGCCCUGCAACAGGGAGAGUUGCUCCAGUUCACUUCUAACGCAAGUAGUACUCUCAAUGUAUGUAACCUGGGACGGACAGUUGUAGAGAGCAGUCAUUCAGUUGCAGUGUUUUCAGGCUCUCCUUUGUUGUGCUAUCCUGGGGAUACAUGUGAUGGAGCUAUGAGUCAAGUUCCCCCAAUAGAAACAUGGGGGACAUCAUUCAUUGUGCCCCUGGUUCCUGGAAUUGAUCAAUACAGCAUUCGAAUUACAGCAGUGUAUAAUGGUACCAAAAUCACCAUUGACACAUUCACAAGUGUUGAGUCUAUCGUCUUGAAUGAAGCGGAGGUUUACGAUAACUACUUCAAUAAAACAUUUGCUGUAUACAUCAGAAGCUCUCAUCCAGUACUUGUGUUACAAAUAGCCGGUACAACUGAUUACCAGGUGUUUACUUCGAUCGUUCGACCAACUGAUGCCUAUGGCACUGACUAUGUAAUACCCGACAUCCAGAGCAGUUCCAAGACGUACACAAGACAGGUCACUAUCAUGACAAGCUCAAAGUGUACAUCACAUAUAAACAUCAAUGAAAACUGGUCAGAUCGGUCAACAGAUUCACAGACAUUCGCCAUAGCCAGCUUCUACCCCACUUCCGGUUCCCUCGCCAUUAAAAGUAAUUCCUCAGUGUGUCCUUUUGGCGUACUUGUCACUGGUACAGCAGACAACGAGAUGUAUGGGUAUUUCAGCGUCCCAGUGUUAGAUAACAGUGGUGUAUCUCUGGAACACUCGGUUAACCUAACUUGCUCUCAAGACAACUGGAUAGUCACCGUGAAUACUCAAGACAUCGCCACUGUAUUCCCGACCUCUGUCAAGAAGAAUAUCUUCAUGUCGAACGCCUUCUGUCCUGGCGUCCUGGAGGGAGAUGUCCUUGUGUUUAAUGUCUCCUACAAGGAUUGCAACACACUUAUCCAAGACAGCAGCAAUACAGUGACAUUCAGCAACUAUCUGAUUGAAUAUGAGAGAGACGCACAGACAAAUCUAGCGACAGGUGCAAAGUGGCGCUACAACUUGGAAUGUGUCUUUCAAAGACACGAAAAAGAUAACUUAACGUUCGUUCCCGUUGACAAGUCCAAGGUCACCGUUCUGGGAACAAGCAAAAUUCAAGGUCAUGAGGCUGACAUAAAGUUUUUCACAAAUGCUGCUUACACAAACGUACUGAAUGUGACUCUGAGUGAGGUUCCUCUUGGGUCACGUGUCUAUGUCCAGGUAGAUACCAGUGUUGCUGCCGAUGUCAAACUGCUGGUGGACAACUGCAACAUCACGACGGACAUCACGAGUGGAAACUCGACAUACGUGGCACUUAUACACAAGAGGUGUGAAGGCCCCAACCAUGUAGCGCACAUCAUUGGAUAUGUUGACAAGUUAACACGUUUCUACUUCGACGUCUUUGAACUGCCCCAUCACCAGGACAUGUACCUCACAUGUGACGUCAGCUUCUGUGCACGCAUUGACUUUUCGCAAGAAUGCCAAAAUGGCUGCAACAGCAUAAAUCCGUAGCAGAGUGAACCAUUCACGUCAAAUAAAAAACAAUAAGAUUAUUUUAGUUUCUGAAAUGCAA